AAUGUAAGCAGCUUAAGUCGCGACUUUGAGCAUCGCAUGAGGUUGCAUUCUCCAUCGAGUUUUCAUCGAAAAGCAAUUUCGCGAAUUUUGCAGACAUCGUAUCUAUACGUACUGAUCGAGUUCUUGCACAACCCAUAGAAGUAAAACAAAAAGUCCACCACUCCAUACCAUAAAUCACGAAAUUUGCCACCUAAGCAUGAAAUUGAAAGUGAAUACUUUCAUCCACUGCGAAGCAGCAAUAUUUCACGUCUAUGAAAUUGAAAACCUAUUAAGAUGAAGUAGACACUGAUGCAUAAUGACACCAGAUGAGUACUACGACGAAGUGCGACGAGAACAAAAAAUGAAUUUUGAUCCUGUUCACCAAAACCUGAUGCACGCAAAGGUCCUCAAAAUGCGAACUCUUACCCCCUACUUCUCGGUAUUACAACGCCAAAUCUAUUCCAUACCCGCACCAGAUUGAUCGCUCUACUUCCAUGCUACCCUGUCCAGACAAUUUCCAGCAAAAAAAAAUCGACCAUAGCUGCAGCGAAAAGACAAAAGCAACCUUGAGGACUACAACAAAUUUGAACUGACGUCCAGCUACAACGAACUUUUUAGGCUCAACAAACUGAUUCAUUUUUGUCUAUCAUAAACACGGAUAUAAUCUCGUACCCGCUCCGAAUUUGGCUUGCUUGUGUUUGCAUUUGUCAGUUUCUCAUCUUCGGAUAGACAUUGCUUUUGCCUUCUGGUGUAGGACCACGACUGCCUCCUGUCUGGAGAAAUCGCAAUCUUAGUUCUAUUGCAAGAAUCUCUACUUCUACCACCAGAAACGCAAAGGCAAAGUCUCCUUUGAACAGAACUGAACGACAAGCGCUGCAUAAAGCAUUCCAGGAAUUGGGAGUGGUGUACGUAGUGUUUUCAUUCCAAUAAGACCGAUUUCGGCUAUGCCAUGGAAAACUGCGGAGCAUAUUAACCACGAGGUGCCCCCCAGCAACAUGCAGACGACAAAAUCGAAAUCGAAUUCGCUCUCCCGGUCCCGCGGGCGGCGACGGUCCGGCAGUCGCAGCAGCAGCAGCUCCCGUUCGCGCGGUCGGGGCAAGAGCUCCUCCCGCAGUCGCGGCCGGACCCCGUCGCGCGAUCGCGGCCGCCGGCAAGAUAAAAGUCGCAGGGAAGAUUCCCGUUCCCGCGGAAAUCGUCGCCGGGAUCAGGAGUCCCGGUCCCGCCGGAGAGAGGACGAAGCUGCGCGAGGCGGAAAUGCCAAGGGGGACAAGAAAGGCAAGGGUAAAAAGGGAAAGAAGCAAGGAUACAGCAACGACAAUGAGCAGGAUCAUGCAGCUCCCGGCUCCAAAUUCGACCCUUUAGCCGGUCUCGGCGGCGACGAUGAGCUCGAAUUCGUGGACGGGAAGGACGCUCGCGGAAAGUCGAGGAAGCAGAAAGAAGAAGAUGAGGAAUACAACGAUGAACGUGGCUGGAAUACCGUCGCGGAACAGGACGAGCAGAACAUCAAACCCGGUACGUCAGGAAGUGAUGAUCAACCAGACGACACUGGCGCAGCGGAAAAUAACGACGACAACGGCAGCACCAAAUCGGCGGAGCAGCUUCUGAAGGACAUCGCGAACAAGGCGCGGGAAGAGUUCCUGAAGCGCGCCUUGCAGGGCCAGUCCGUGGACUCGAUCGACUUUGCGAGUCUGAUGAAAAGCGCAGCGGCAGGAGGUGAACAAGGGGAGCAAGAUGGGGAUGACGAAGAACAAGACAGCAGUUCGCCAAAAGGACAUCAGAAUCAAAACCCGUCUUCUCCGCAAGGAAUGAAUUCAUCGUCGGGAGGUAUCAAGCUCAAGAUCAAGCCCGCGGGUGCGAACACCGUUUUCACGAAUUUACAGGAGCAAGCGAGACUCGCGCGCGAAGCCCAGGAGAAGAUGAAGGAGGCGCAGGACGGGAUGAAUUAUCGGCUCAGCGGCGAAACGGAGGAGCAGAUGCAGAUGCGGCUGCAAAUCGAAGAGUUUCAGAAACAACAAAGGGAGCAGUACUUGGCAGCGAAAGCGGCAGCGGAGGCAGCAAAGGCCGAACAGGGCGAGGAGGAGGAGGCGGACGAGGUCGUCGUCGAGAGGAUCAAAACGCCAGCGGAACUCGCGGCCGAGGCGGUCCGGAAAAAGCGCAAAAAGGAGAUGAAGCGCCAAAAGCGCAUCGCGUUGAAUAUACUAGGUUUAAAGCCCGGCGACUCCAUCGAAUUCGACAACGCGAGCUGGAAGGGGUUGGCAGAGGCAACGAAAAAACUGAUCACCGGCGACUUGGUCCUAACCUUCGCCGUCGGCGGCUGGGUCGUGAAGCGGAUGGGAGAGCCAGAAGCUGCAGUAGAAGAUGGUGAUGGUGAAGACCAAGAUGUUGACCAAGAGAUGAAAGAUAGCAGUGAACAACAAAAUGAGCCCGUUCUUUCUACUGGAGACGCUGAAGUAGAGGAGAAGGUGGACAUCACCGAAGAAGAUGGCACGACCACAAAAGCUGCCGCCGCAGAGAACGAUGAGGAAGGUGAAUCAGAAGAGACGAAAAAGGACGUCGUCGAGAAAAAAGCAAAAGCUCCCGCUCGCCCGACCGGCCCAAGACAGCUGAAAGUGACUGCGGCCGACGAGAUCUCCUCUGACGAGGAGGAGGAUGACACAGGGGUGGCCACGACCACUGGGACGAACAAGAACGACAAAACCACGAGCUUGAAACGGCCAAAGGAGGAUGUCGAUGUGGAACAAGACGAAGUUGAAGACAGCAACCAAGGUCCGGACUUCGAAGCCGCGAAGGAGUACGACGGCAGCCGUGAGGGGUACGUGUUCAAGACGGGAAAGAAGGGGCUGGGGUACUACCGAGACACGUUUGGAAAAAUCGAGUCAAAACCGAAAAAAGACAAGCCGAUGACGGAAGAAGAGGAAAAGGAACUAAAGAAAAAGAAAUUAGCCGACGCCCUGACCAAAUCCGGCGGUGCGAUUUCCCGCGCGCCGGAGAUUAACACCACCGGUGUGCUCGCCCGGCAGAUGGAGCAGGAGGUGAAGGAAAUGUAUCCUAUGUAAAAACGUACCCACACCAUAGUUGUAAUGCAAAUCUGCAUGCUGAAAAUGUUUCUCAUGCGGAGCCCCAUGAGAAGCAGUUUCUAGUCGUGUUUUGCAAUUUGUCAUGCUCCAAUCAGCAUGGUAUGCGAGGUCUGUGAUGCUGCUGAGCUAGCUCAAACAGCACUACACUACGAAUCCAAAUUUGUGAUGCAAAACAGCCAAAACUUGUGGAUUUGUCUAGCCGAUUCCCCAUCUUGACUAUGGUGUGGGUACGUUUUUACUCAGGAUAAAAUGCAAAACAUCUUCUACGACAAGGACGGCAAGCCGGUGCACAUGUCGGACACGACUGGUACGCAACGGAUCGAUUUCGAGCAAGCGGGGUUGAAUGUGGGGUCCGUGGUGAUGGCGGAUGGAUACUCCCUCGCCGCGGUCGAACACGACGAGUACCGACCGACAGACCAGGUUGCGGACAGUUGGGCGACGCCUUUGGAACAGGAGAAGAUGUACAACAAAACCAACUUUGACGAAAAGGGGCGGUUCCCGAUAAACGUCGAAGCCAAGGCGAAGGUGGCCGCCACGCGGGUCCUGCGGAAGCCCAAGGCGCAGGCGUACGCGCUGGGCGAACGGAUGGCGCUUGCGAAGGCGAACGCCAAGGCAGCGGCAGAGGCGGAAAAGGCAGCCCAGGAGGGAGAACAGGUUCCUGUGGACCAAAACAACGUCUAUGUUGAUCAGCAACGGCAAGGUCCUCCAGGUGGAGUCGUCGCUCAGGCCGAAGAGGGCGUUCCUGGAGAAGAAGAUGGUGAACUAGAAGUAGAAGAGGUGGAGUCCAGUAGCUCGGAAGAGCGCAGCGACGACGACGAGGAGACGCGGAAGCGCAAGCGGAAGAAGGCCAAGAAAAAGGCCAAAAAGGAGAAGAAGCGGCAAAAGCAGCUCGAGCAAAUGGGCAAACCCAUCCCGAAGUCCGCAUCGGUGUCCUUGCGUCGACCGGGGAUGGACGGACAGACGGUGAUGGUACAAAAGGACGAGUUAUGGAUUGCAAAAAUGUCUGGGUCUGGAUGAUUGCAACUUGUCAUGCUAAAUCUGAAUCAGGCAAAAAACUGUGUUGCAUGAUUGCCAAAAGUGGCGCACUUUUGACCUAAUCGAGAGGCAGUUUCUCAUGCAGGAUACGCAUUAGAAAGGUCCUCCCGCAGAAUCUGUCAUACUAUGUCCUACAUAUCAGACCUCAUGGGUCAUGGAAAACCUGCAUGACAAGUCUGGCAAUCUUUCAGACCCAGACAGUUUUGCAAUCCAUACGAGUACGAACUGAGCGAUAACCAGAACAACCGCGUGUACGAUUCCGGCGACCCGAACGAGGGCGAGGCCAUGGAAUACGUGCAGCAGCUGCAGAUGCAGAACAUGAUGAUGCAACAGUCCUACGCGCACGUGAUGCAGUCCAUCACGGACGACGCGGCCGGGCUGGGCGGCACCGGGGCGGUGUUGGGACGGAAGAUCUACAAGACGCGAAUGUGUCGGUUCAUGCACGAGAAGGGCUGGUGUCCGCACGGAGAAAUCUGUACCUUCGCGCACAACGUCGAGGAGCUGCCGCCAUCGUACAAGAGGGAGUUGUGUCAGGCGUUCCAGCUGCUGGGAACCUGUCAGCACGGGAUCAAUUGCAAAUACGCACACGGUAAGUCGCGUCUUCUAUCUCAUAUUGCAAGUUCGUUCUUGUGAAUCAGCACUGCUAAGGCAGCAGUAGCAAUCUCAAGUCAACUACUAAAGUCAAACGAACCUGGUGCUUAAGGCUUACAGAAAUUAGUUCCUACCCUUGUUCCCGAAAGCUUAGGUUUGAAAAAAAUGGAGUUACAGAUAUUAGCUCUCAGGAUUUCCGCCGCAUCACGAAAUUCUUGACGCAGCGAAGAUCCUGGAAAUAAUUUCUGAAAGCUACCUGCGUAAGAUUUGUCUUCUCACUGGUAAUACCGAUCUGGGCACAAAUCUUAUGCAGGUGACUUACAGAAAUUAGUUCCCAGGAUUUGCGUGCUGCGUCUCCAAUCGCCUCACUUGGACACACUGAUGUCAGUGUGUCCAAGUGAGGCGAUUGGAGACACAACACGCAAAUCCCAGGAGUGCAUUUCUUUGAGGCACGAACGCUGAAGCUGUAGGCGCGCGAGUUCUGAUGUGCUCUUACGGAAGAAAGCUCGCGCAGCAGCUUUUUCCUCCUGGCCUUCUACAAGUGUGCUGCUGAACACAUGUACAGAGCGAUCUGCUUUUUCUUCUAGGGAGAAGACGCAGCUUCUGCUAGAAGAAGAAGCAGCUUCUUCUAGAAGCUGCGUUUUCUAGAAGAAAAAAAGUCUGCGUCUUCUACAGGAAGACCAGUCUUCUAGAAGAAGACAAAACUUCGUUGCGUAGGAUUUGCAGUCAGGUCGGGAUUACCGAUCGAAAUGCAGAUCCUACGCAACCGACUUACAGAAAUGAGUUCCCAGGAUUUCUUCUAGAACAAUCUCAAGGCGCCUCUGAGGCACCUUGAGACUCUAGAAGAAAUCCUUUGAGAGUCUAAAAGAAAUCCGUUGGAUUUCUUUUAGACUCUAAAAGAAGUCUUCUUGACUUCUUCUUGUCCAAAUGGGGUGAUUGCAGAAAAAAAGCGGAAAUCCUGGGAACUCAUUUCUGUAAGUCCGUUGCGUAGGAUUUGCACUCAGCUGGGGAUUACCGGUCGAAACGCAGAUCCUACGCAACCUACUUACAGAAAUGGGCUCCCAGGGUCCCACAUCCGAGAAUUCCUCGGAUGUGAGUUCACAUCCGAGGACCUCCUGGAUGUGAGCUGACAUCUUCCGAGAAUUCCUCGGAUGUCAGCUCACAUCCGAGAACUUCGCGGAUGUGAGAUGUCAGAGAACUUUCACACGCAAAGUGCCAAAGUUUGGCCCCCUGCUCGUGAAAGUUCGAUCCACGUGUCCAAACGAGGCGAUUGUAGAAAAAAAGCGGAAAUCCUGGGAACUAAUUUCUGCAGUAGCAAUCUCAAGUCAACUACUAAAGUCAAACGAACCUGGUGCAGCUGCCUGGUUAGGUCCAAACUAAAAACUUCCCAUCUCUUUGAUACUUAUAACAUGUACCUGUAGCAGCUACAGCAGUUUCCAAACGCAAAUCCAACAUUUUUGCGGAUGACCACAUUACAAUCAAUGGAAAACAGGUGUUGCCGAGUUGCGUGGGCAGCGUACCGCCGCGGGCGGUAGAUUCGUGGAGGAGGAUGAGGACAAGAUCAUGUGCGAGGACGUGACCGGUUUUGGCGGUAAUGCCGCCCCACCCGCACCCGCGCCUGGCGGUCUGGCACCGCCAAGAGCGGAUACCACGGGGCUGAGACGGCUCCCAGGUUCGGGAAUCGACAGCACGAGCAUGAUUCCGGGCGCGAUGAGCUCGGGCAUAGGUAGCUCGAUGAUCCCCGGGGGCGGCGGGGGCAUCGGCAGCGCGUUGCCGAAGGCGGGGUCGCUGCAGAGUCGGAUCAACCGACCCAUGGGGGUGGGCAUCGCCUCCGGCAUGCUGCCCUCGAGCAUGGGCACGGGCGUGCCGCCGAGCGGGAUCGCGAGCGGCAUUUUGAGCGGGCUGGUGUCCCACGGAGCGCUAAUCCCCAACGCCGGGUUCAACGUUGGGAUAAACACGAAGAAACCGGAGUUCGAGGGCAAAAACAACAAGGACGACGGUGACAAAAAUGGAAGAGGACGCGGCGACCGCCGGGUGCGCAACGCGACGGACGACGUGCUGACCAAGGCGUACGAAGACGAGAAGGCCCGGGCGAUGGGCGCAAAGUCCUUCUACGAGCAGGGCGGCAUCGCGUCCGCCAUCCGACCCGAUUUGGCGUUCGGCAACCGGCAGUCCGAGCAGUCCAAGCGCGAGGCCCGGGGCAGGGAGCUCCGAGGCGAACGGCGAGACCGCGAUCGGGAUCGAGACCGCGACCGGGAUCGCGAUUACGACCGCGACUAUGGGAGAGGAAGAGACAGAUACAACGACGGUAUCAAUUCCUGUUUCAUUCAUGUUGAUCGACAACUGUUUUCUGUAGUUGAUGCAUUUGCAGGUUGUAAGAACACUCAUCUUAAAACUUAAUCGAUAUGUGUAUGUGGAUCUUCAGCAUUUUCGUUUUGGAUGCGCGACAUGCUGACCCCGAGCAAUUCUGAUUCCACUUCUCUACAAAAACAGGCAUCGCAUCGAGAUCGGGGAUCUCCUCUACCUACGGCCGACGAGACGGAGGUAAGACCACGAACAAGUUAUUCCGUUCAUCACUAUUCUCGAAGAACGCGUAUCAACAAGAUUUCAAUCUGCACUUCGAAAGUUUCGAUUUUGAUGUUGCACCACGCAAUGAUCUAUUUUUUUAUGCACGGCAUCAUCAUGCUUGAAAAAAAACAGGUUCCGGAAAAUCCGGUACAAUUUUUGUCGACGACGAGCCGUUGCGGGAGGGUGGUCGCGAUGUGCAGGAGCGCAGACGCGGGGGUAUCAGCACACCGCAGAUGGCGUCUGGUACGUAUCACACCUUUGACGAGUUUGAUCACAAGCGGAAGUACCACGACCCAUUGGAGAAGCACUGGCGUCGAGGACGAUAAAAAGAGACGUGCAAGCAGGUUGAUUCAAACUGUUCAAAGAAAAGCGUGCUCGACGACACAUAGCAGGAACAAGGCGACGACAAUUUUUAAACUGAUUGAUGUUCUUUUACCAGGUGUAAAGCUAAAGGAAGUUGUGACUUUUUCAAGAAUACAGCAGUUGUCAAGCUUGAAGAACAUCAAGAACCUUUGACAACACUUUACUUUAACUACCAAAAGUUAGUUGAUCGGACAUAAAUUAAAAGCGACUCUUUUACUUUUUACCUCCACCGUUUCUAAGAAAUCUUUGCUUUCGUGAUUUCGCCCACCAAAAACUGUACUUCACUUUUGGCGCAUGUGCUGUGAAACGACUUCUACCCGAAGUCUGGCCGGGAGGUGCUUGCAGAAAAAACGACUUGUUGAUCCUGUUGUGAACAAGCACCGCUACAAACCAUCUUGAUUCUUUGUCUGUAAUCUUGUUUGGAUAUGACUAUCAGUGAAAAAGAAAAAAGAAAAUAAGUAAAGCUUAUGAGAGCAUCAGCUCCUGCUAU